UCCGUCGGUGUUUGUGCUGGGGAAGCGGCGCGUGUGCCUGACUUGCUGAGACGUGGCUGCGGUGGGGACGGAGAAGGCCUCUGGCGGGUGGAAACCGACGAAGCGGAGGACCGCGAGUUGCCCGGUGGUUUGUUUGUGUUGCCUCUACCAGGCUAUGAGUUUGACCAAACUGCGGGAGGCAGUGGAAGAGAGGAGUGCCUGGCGUGCUCUGGUCCAUGGGGUCACGAAGAGUCAGACACGACUAAACGACUAAACAACAACAAAGCUACCAGGGUAUGCUGUGGUCAUGUCCCAAAAGGAUAAUGAACCCUUGAAUGAAGUUGCUCAUGAACUGGAGGAAAAUGUUCAGAAGACAGAGGAGGCAGAACCCACUGAGACUAAUGGAGGGGAAGCUGAGCUUGUGGCUAUGACACGGAAAAGGCCUGAAGCGAAAAUCUCUGAGCCCAGUAUUGUACAACAGCCACUGGGUCAGAAUGUACAGAGUUCCAGUUCCAUGGAAGAGUCGCAGACAGGAUGGGGUUACUGGGGGAGCUGGGGAAAAUCAUUGCUCUCGACUGCUUCUGCUACAGUGGCUACCGUAGGUCACGGAAUCUCAAAUGUCAUUGAAAAAGCAGAAACAUCCCUUGGGAUCCCCAGCCCUACUGAAUUAUCUUCUGAGGCUAAAGAUGUUGGGGAAGAAAUCCAAAACUCUGAAGAAGGCAGUAAUGGCAAAGAAGAGACUGAAAAUCCCUCACCCAUUAGUGGUGCAUUUGGAAUGUUUUCUACCAUCUCUGCUGCUGUUCAGAGCACAGGCAAGACUGUUAUUAGUGGAAGUUUGGAUGCAUUAGAAUUCAUUGGUAAGAAGACCAUGGAUGUGAUAGCUGAAGGUGACCCUGGUUUUAAGAAAACAAAAGGCCUGAUGAUCAGAAAUUCCACACUUUCUCAGAUCUUGCGAGAGGCAAAGGAGAGAGAAGAACAGCGGACAGCUACUGAGGUUUCCAUGGCUACAGAGAAGAAAGCCCAUUAUGGGCUACUCUUUGAUGAGUUUCAGGGUCUUUCUCAUUUGGAAGCUUUAGAGAUGCUUUCCAGAGAGAGUGAAUCAAAGGUGAAGUCGGUGAUAAGCGCCCUCUCUGGAGAUGAGCUAGAUACUUUGAAGGCCGAACUGGAACAGCUCAAAGAAGCGUUUUCGUUAGCUGAAUUUUAUGAUGAUGAAGAGGAAGAAAAGAAGGAGGAGGAAGACUUCACAAAGGAAGUAGCAGAUCUCUUUUCACAAUUACGAGUCUCUACAACGCCAGCCAAACUAACCCAAGCAAGGAACUCUGCUCAUGAAUUGACAAAGAGCCUCAGCACGCUAACUGCAAAACAAGAAACGCCGAACGAAGGAGACGAGCAAGUGGGCUCCGGGGAUGCUGAGCAAGAGGAUAAAAAAUCAGUAGAGGAAGUUCACGCAUGUGCGAUCAGGAGCCUGGCUGAACUGACAGCUUAUUCUAUCGAAGCGUUCCACAAAACUGCAGCUCUGGUUCUUCACGGGCAGGAGCAAGAGGUGUUAGCCCUAGAUCGGGCCAAAGCCCUUUCACAAAUGACCAUUGUGUUGUGCAAAGAACUAUCGGCUGUAUCUAAAGGCUUUGUGACGUGCUUAACAGCUGCUGGGGUGGAAGAGAAGGCAGAUGUCCUUAACCCUUUAAUCACUGGAGUGUUUUUGGAGGCUUCAAACAGUGCCUCUUACAUCCAAGAUGCCUUCCAGCUACUCCUGCCAGUUCUACAGAUUUCUCACAUCAAGGCUCGUACGGAGUUAACACAGCAAUAAAUCAAAUCUCUGCACCUAGAGCAGUGCCCCAGCCGGCAUAAACGGCACCUCCCCGGUUCAGCAAAAUAAUAGGAGCUUGUAACAAAAGACAAACAUUUUGACUGUGUUUCACUGACCAGUAAUAACUUGCUGAAUGGCCAUCAUUUAUCUGCCUAGGCUAGCAAGGAGGAUAAAGUGCAGACAACGUUGCAAGUUCAAAGUGUGGGACGGCUUUGUCACUGUGCCGGUUAAUGUUUUUCCCCCAGAGGUUCCUGGAGAAAGAAUCAUUAAGGUUGCAAUACUGGGCACAGUUACACGGGAGUAAGUUCCAUAGGACACAGUGUGACUUCCUUCCAAGUGAACAAACAUGGGGUUACACUACAAGUAUGUGUGUUUUAAAGAGGUUUCAUUAAAGGCCUGGAUCAGCCCCUUAUCUUCCUAGCCUUGCUUCUUUUAUUAAUGAAACCUUAGAGACAAAUUGGGAAUUCUAAAAAAAUCGCUCUUCAAGUGGCACUGUUUCUUUGAGCGUACUUGUUUGGAUAGAACAGAAACUUAGACCAGAUUUGGCCAAUAUACUUGGAAUGUCUACCUUUUCAGUGAUCGAUGAAAAGUAGCUCAAAGAGAACUAGCUAAUAAAAAACUAAUAUAGGCUAAAUGUACAUAGUUGGCGGCUGUAUUUUGUUCCUCUUGGCCCUAUCUUAAGUGGCUGAAUGCUCUUGCGCUAUUGUAUUCAGGAGUGUGGGAUCCAUGCCUAGAUGCCUAGGCAAAGGUUUGUUGCUGAUUCAUAUGGACAAGCCCCAAGACUUUCAGGACAGAAUUAUUUUUAUAGAAUUAUUACUUUGCAUUGUUUAUAUCUUGCAUGGCUAUGGGAAGGUUUUCCUCCCCCCCCCUUUGUGCUUGCAGUUUGGGAGGAACACCCUGAAUAUUUUUGUAUUAAACAACCAAUCAACUUGCUGUGAUUUGCCCCACUUAGAGAAUAAAAUGAGUGCUUGACUAGUAAGGGAAAAGGCUUGGGUUGCAUCCAAUUAAGUCUUAUUGAAAUUAAUGAACUUAAGUUAACAUAUCUAUUAACUUCAAUGGGUCUACUCUGAGUAGGACUAGCAUUGGAUACAGCCGUUUGAAAUGGUAUCAUGGAGUUGUAGAGUUGGAAGGGUCAUCUAGUCCAACCCCCAACUUUUCUCUUAUUUUAAGAGUGAAUUUUUCACCAUCUUUAUCAGGAUUGGUCUAUUGCCAGGGUAGUGAACAUGGUGCCCUCUUGAUGUUGUUGGGCAACAUCCCCAAUAGAGAUGAUAGGAGUUGCAGUCCAACCACAUCUGGAGGGCACCAUGUUGCUUAUCCCUGGUUUGUUGUAAUAUUUUUAGUAUCUUUUUCAGCCUUCAAACUGCUCUGAUUUCUAAAUCCUCUGACUACUGGCAUACCCUGUUACUCAGAAAAGCAGCGUUGCAGCAGCACACUCAAAAUGGUGGCUACAUCAGGGGAAACGUCUUUCAGCUUUCAAUAAAUGUUCUAUUGUUUGGGACAGAUUCUUUUUCUACCAAAGAAUCUAUAUUUUAAAUAUGUAUGUUUGUGAAAUCUGCACUAUAUUAUAUAAAGAGAAUAAAUGUUGUUCUGUGAUUCAAUAAAGAGAAGGUUUUCCAUUAAAACCAGGCUAUCUAUCCAUUGUCUGUAGGAUGCAGGCAUGCUUAUUCCAGGAUGGGUCAACAAAAGGUGAAUCACACUUGUUGGUACUGCUCUAAAGCUUGUUCCCUUACAUGUGCUUUAUCCUGCAAAGGAGUAGCAGGUAACAGUCUUAUGUAUCAUAGUCUGGCAGUCCUGCACAUGGCGUUUCGAAAUAUAAAGAGAGAUGAGAGGAUAUAUGCUCGAUAAACUGACUCUGGAACCUGUGAACAGAGAAUUUUGCAGAAAUUGACAGCUUCUGCGUAAACCAUGACUCACAGCAACUGUGUUUUUCAUUGUAAACACAAACAAAGGGGGAUGUAUUGUUAAACUGCAGGAAAGGGAGAACAAUUCCCAAGAGGCAUUAAUAAUUUUAAUGGAAAAAUCUUCAAGCAGCAUCCAAGAUCUGUAGUGUGAUGAGCCUUGCUGGUUGUUCAAGAAAUUAUAAGGCUUCUCCCAAGGCACUAGGAGGAGGAGGAGGGAAGGAACUAGUUGUCACCCCCUCUUCUCUCCUCCAUCCCCUGCACAAUAGAUGUAAUUCUGCAGUCACUUAACAACAUGAUUUCCCAACACAUUUUGAGUGUUUUCCUCUUGCUUUUUUAAUAGUGAGAACAUGCAACAGCAGGUCUCUAAAGCUCUUACUUAAUGAUACAGCAAAUAUGUUUCUAACUGGGGGAUCUUCUCAGCCUCUUUGGGAUUUCCCAGUCCCAGACUGGGCUACUUCGCUCUUCCAAGUUCAGACUAUUUAUUAACUAGCUAUUCUGUAGCAGUAAUACUAAUUUAUUUCUUUGGUGCACUCUACUGUUUGUUUCCUGCUGUUGUGAAGCAUCCAAUUAUUGCUGCCAUCUGCUUCCCACAUAGUUUUGCAUUCCCACCUACUCCUUUUUCAUGGUUAUCCUUCCGCAGAGAAAAAGUAGAACUGUAAAUCGGGGCCAAGAAUAGGAGAUAGCCGUGGCAGUUGUGAAUAAAAAUCAACAAGAUCAAAUCA